AUGGUACUGGGCCGCGGGCUGCUAGGUUGCCGGAGCCUCUCUUUCUGCGCACGCCACGGCCUGGGUCCAGCACUGCUGGGAGUCUUCUUCAGCCACACAGUUCUCCGGAAGAGUGCCGUGGUCCAGCAGGUCAUCAUGAAGGUGGAGCUCCUGCCCGCCCUGACUGACAACUACAUGUACCUCCUCAUUGACGAGGACAGCAAGGAGGCCGCCAUAGUGGACCCUGUGCAGCCCCAGAAGGUGAUGGAGACUGUGAAGAAGCAUGGCGUAAAGCUGACCACCGUGCUCACCACCCACCACCACUGGGACCAUGCUGGUGGGAAUGACAAGCUGGUAAAAAUGGAGCCAGGCCUGAAGGUGUAUGGGGGUGAUGACCGCAUCGGGGCUCUGACCAAUAAGGUUGCACAUCUGUCUACACUGCAGGUGGGGUCUCUCAACGUGAAAUGCCUGUCCACACCGUGUCACACCUCUGGACAUAUCUGCUACUUUGUGAGCAAGCCUGGCAGCUCAGAGCCCCCCGCUGUGUUCACAGGCGACACCUUGUUUGUGGCUGGCUGUGGGAAGUUCUACGAGGGUACCGCGGAUGAGAUGUACAAGGCCCUGCUGGAGGUCUUGGGCCAGUUGCCCCCAGAAACGAGAGUGUACUGUGGGCACGAGUACACCAUCAACAACCUCAAAUUUGCCCACCACGUGGAACCCCACAACCCUGCCAUCCAGGAGAAGCUGGCCUGGGCCAAGGAGAAGUAUGGGAUUGGGGAGCCCACGGUGCCAUCCACCAUCGCCGAGGAGUUCACCUUCAAUCCCUUCAUGAGAGUGAGGGAGAAGAGCGUGCAGGAGCAUGCAGGCGAGACGGACCCCGUGACCACCAUGCGGGCCAUCCGCAAAGAGAAGGAUCAAUUCAAGGUGCCGCGGGACUGA